AGCAAGAAGAAGAAGAAGAAGAAAUGAAUGAGUUAUGACCAUUUGACCAUAUUUAAGUAUCUCAAUCACUUGCCACUUUUCAUAACCAUUACACAACUAAACCCCACGCUUCCUUUAUUCUCCUUCUUCUCAAAACUUCAUUCUCACACAAAAACCUUCAACUUUAAACCAUGAAGAUCCAAUGCGACGUCUGUGACAAACACGAUGCAUCCGUCUUUUGUACCGCCGAUGAAGCCGUCCUCUGCGACGGCUGCGACCACCGCAUCCACCACGCCAACAAACUAGCCUCCAAACACCAGCGUUUCUCUCUUCUUCGACCCAAACAACACCCUCUAUGCGAUGUUUGUCAGGAGAGAAGAGCCUUCACGUUCUGUCAGCAAGACAGGGCGAUUCUGUGCAGAGAGUGUGACGUGUCGAUUCAUUCUGCGAAUGAACACACCCUUAAGCAUGAUAGGUUCCUUCUCACUGGUGUUAAACUUUCUGCUUCUUCUUCAUCGCAAGAAACCCCUUCUCCUUCAAACUCCGCCCCUGAUUCUCCUUUUGACCUUUCGCAUCAAAAAACAAUACCUUUAUCUUCCACCGUCAGUGAGGUUGGUGUUGAAGCGGCGGCAUCCACCGGCGCUAGCAGCAUAUCGGAGUAUUUGAUAGAGACUCUUCCUGGGUGGCAGGUUGAAGACUUUCUCGAUUCAUAUUCUGUUCCCUUUGGUUUCUGCAAGAGUGAUGAAUUGUUGCCACGGUUUGAUGGUGACAUGGAGAGUCAUCUGGGUACCUUUUCAACAGAGAACAUGGGAAUAUGGGUUCCUCAAGCGCCACCACCUCUUCUGAGUUCUUCACAGAUGAAUAGAGCGAUUGGUCAAAACGAAAAUAACAUCAAAGGUAGCAGAUCGAGGUUGAAGGAUGAUAAUUUCACUGUGCCACAGAUUAGUCCUCAGUCAAAUUCCAAGAGAGGAAGGUUUCUGUGGUAGAAACAAACAAGCAUCAGUUUCCAAUCUCAUGAGCAAGAAUUAACAACCUCUUUCUUUUCAUUUGGUCUUAGGUUACUCUGUCAAUGUUUUUAAUUUAGUUCUGUUUGAUCUUUUUUUCUUGUCUCCCCCUCUAUCUUUCCCACUGGUCUUUGUUUUGAUGAAUCUGUGUACCUUUCUGCUGCUGGUGCUGAUUGUAAAUAUAAACUUUUCCAAUUGCAUGUUAUUUUUGACACAUGUUUAGAAGGGAAAAGGUCUUUUAU